UUGCCUAUUAUAACAUGACAAUAGUCGUUGGAUCAGCUUGGAGUAAAGGAAACAGCGCACGAAAUGGAUUCUACGCAACGAUCCUGACGAACGGCGGCUGAACUUAUAUUUCAGCAGAGUUUCGUUCAAUCUUUGACGAUACGUCUUGUUAAAGCAUUGAUCGCGUCGGAUUGGUGUCGCUAGCAGAAAGACCGCGGCCUGCAUUACACUGCUUUGAUUUGCGAAUUUCAAUAUAGGAAAUUGUUCCGAGACAAUGAGCGAUCCUGUUGCCAUUCGAGUUCUCAUCGACGAUGGCACGCCGCGAAUGUCGUUUCCUUUCCGAAUUCAUCUUUCCUUAACGGUCUUCAGGCUGAAACAAAUGAUAGAGGCGCAAGAGGGUUUUACUGUUGGAGAACAAGAUGUUUUCUUUCACGGAAAUCCGCUUCAAGACAAUCUCACAUUAGGACAGCAGGGAGUUAUGGAAGAUACCCAACUUGAUAUUCGAGUUAAUUUCCAAGACAUUCCGUCUCCAACAAGAAAGAAAGGUAGCACAUCAACAUCUGAAGAUUGUGUCGUACCAGAUAUUGAUGAUGAAGAUAAUGUGUUUAACUUUGAACAGCCCAGAGUGCCAUCUGAUCCAAGAAUGUGGAAUAAAUGGGAAGUGAUGGAAUGGCUGAAAUGGGCAACAGAGAGAUACAGCAUAAGGGAUAUAACAGCAGAUAAGUUCUUGAUGAAUGGGAAAGGCCUGUGUAUGCUUGGUGUGGAGGGGUUCCUCUAUAGAGUUCCACGAGGCGGAGAUGUUCUUCAUGGUGAUUUUAAUAAACGGGUGACAGCAGCAGUGGAACAGUCACGCCAUAUGCAGAGCUAUCUUAAUCCUGGUGCAUCAAACUUCUACUAUGUGUAUUGAAGAGAUGAGAUAAUUUAUUUGAAAAAGGACAGACUAUUGAAAAGAGUAUGAUAUAAUGUGGGCAACCAAGAGUCACUGAUACUGCUUACAAAGAUUGUACACUAAUUAUUUAAAAAAAAUUUGCUAUUUGUAUAUAUUGUGCAUUUGAAUGGGGUUUGCCUUAACGCGCUCAAAUUCGCAGUUCAUGUAGUCAUACUGGUCAAGAUUUGUUACAGCUUUUGAAUGUUAUUGUAUUUUACAAAGACCAAUUUCACAAAAUGGGCUGGGGUUAAUUUAUUUAUCUAAAAGAUUUUUUUAAGAUUUUUGUUUUACUCUGGGGCCUAUCGUUCCUCAUUAUAAAUGACAUUGAGAAUUCACUUGUCAACAAGACAAGCUGAUGCGAAAAAUAUUGUGUUUUUUGGAUUGAUUUAUUUUUGCUCUUUUCAUGUAACUUUUUAUGCAUGUAAAACUUUGUUUCUGUGUUUUUAUUGUAAGGUCUGUGUUGUUUUAUUUGUUUUGUUUACUGCCAAGUAUAAAUUGUGAAAGCCAUGGAUCAUAAGAAUCCAGGAGUCAAAUUUAACAGCUUUGAACCUUGACAGUGAUUAAUAGUGUUCUCCUUUUCAAGAGGUAACUGGGAAAUUUACCACCUGUAGUACCUUAUUACCUACUAAAAUUUCUAAAAGUGCAAGGAAUUCUUGAAAAUUCAACUGUUAAAACGAAUGCUCUACCUGGAAAUUUCCUUUACCUGUCUUACCUAAAAUAUGGGAGAAUGCUGGAUCAGAGUCAAAUUUUCAUUAUUAUCUUGAAGUAUACAGUUAAUAUCUGGAUGUACUGGUAAAACUAGAUCUUUAGUUCAAGCCAGGAAUGUAGAGAGUAAAUGUUUAUGGAGUUGACCUAAAAUAGAGCCAUGUAUGCUUAGACUAUGGCGUAUAUCUACAGCUAACCACUACCUAGAGUUUAGUUCUUACAAACUUGAGCUAUGGAGAUCAUUAGAGGAUUAAGACAGUCCAAAAAUUUCUCUCUACCAGAGUUUUAAAAGAGUAGAUAAACAUUGUUGCAGGGAAGGAAAGUUGACAAUUUGAGCAUCAUCUUGUUGCCGAAUUUUUUACUUUACCUUUUCUGUAUCACCUCCAAAGCUUUCAUUGGUAACAUACAUAUCCUCAGUAUUUAUUUUCAUUCACACUUUCUUCUUGGUAAAAACUGUUGCACUUGUGUGGUAAAGUAAAUGUUUUGCUUUAAAAAAAAUGCUUACAGGAAUUUAAGAAAAAAGAUCUGUAUAUUUUAGCGUCGAAUAUUAAUUGAAUUGUUAUCUCGGAAAGUAUGGAAAGCCCAAAAAAAUUAGAGCCUACCGAUUAUUAAGAAAAAAAGUUAUGAAUUUCAAAAAGUUAUCUCGAAGUUGCACCUUUUCAUUUCACAGCAACUAAGCAUUCUCCUGUCUUCAAACUGUUUUCUUUAAAAAAGAAAGACUAAUUUAGAUGUACAGUUGUUUAACAACAUUCGUUUUAUUUACGUUACAUUCAAAGCAUGGUAAAUCGCUGGGCCAGAUUUUAUUUCAAUGAAACUGAUAAUAAAUAAAUUUUUGUUCUUCCUGAUA